CAGUUAUCUGGCUAUGGAUUACAAGUUAAUCAGUCCUGUGCUGCGGGUCAGUGUUUAAUGGUCGCUAGGUGGCGCUACAAACACAUCAGUCCCUCACAACUAGUUUACAUUUAAAGAACUAACAUCAUAUUCUCAUAUUCAUAACAGUUACAGCUGCUUUUAAUAUCUGUCCCCGUUUAGAGAAUUCAGAGUAAAUAUUAACACCGUGAACUUAUUAAUAUAUAUUUUAAUUCUUGUACGGUAUCACAACAUGACCGCUGUACCACCUGACCACUGCAGAUUCAUUUCGCAGUUGAUUGUGUUGCCGUAGAAAAGCACAAUCCUCUCGUAAUUAGGCUACCUUAAUUAUUAUGACAUGGCUUGAAUGCAGCAUUCAGCUCAUCCAACCCCCAUCAAACACACCUGAACAAGCUAAUUAAGGCCUUCCAGACUACUGGAAAGCUACAGGCAGGUGAGCUUGAUCAACGUUGGAAUUGAUCUCCUUGGAUUUUUUAGGAACCCAUUUUACACAGAGUUUGCUACUGCAGCAACACGUGUUGGUUUAGCUUUGUGUGCUUCUUCUGACGCACAAAUUCAGGGCCUUUUCCAGCAGAGUUUGUUGUGAGAUCACAGGUCGGGAGGAUGACCGCUCGAGUGGAUUUCUCGUUGAUUGCUGCUUUGUUGUAUCUGUUCGGAUACUUGAGCAUCGCUCAUGCUAUUCAAAGACGUAACACAGUGAAGCCGGGUCAGUGUCCCUUACCAGAGAUGAUCCCACUGUGUGCUGAAAGCUGUUUCCAUGAUGGCCAGUGUCCUGCCACACAGAAGUGUUGCCCAACUACCGGUGGCUUUGCAUGCAGCGAACCACGUGGUCAGGGAAGAGGUCAGAUGAGCUGUCAGGGACAUGGACCGGGCCAGGGCCAGGGCCAGGGAAGCGGUCAGGGACAAGGCCAGGGUCAAGGACAGGGCCAGGGAAGCGGUCAGGGACAGGGUCAGGGACAGGGCCAGGGCCAGGGCCAGGGCCAGGGACAGGGCCAGGGCCAGGGCCAGGGCCAGGGCCAGGGACAGGGCCAGGGACAGGGCCAGGGACAAGGCCAGGGCCAGGGCCAGGGACAAGGCCAGGGCCAGGGACAAGGCCAGGGCCAGGGCCAGGGCCAGGGCCAGGGCCAGGGACAAGGCCAGGGUCAGGGCCAGGGUCAGGGACAUGGUCAGGGUCAGGGUCAGGGUCAGGGACAAGGCCAGGGUCAGGGACAAGGCCAGGGCCAGGGACAAGGACAGGGUCAGGGACAGGGCCAGGGAAGCGGUCAGGGACAAGGACAGGGCCAGGGAAGCGGUCAGGGACAAGGACAGGGCCAGGGAAGCGGUCAGGGACAAGGUCAGGGCCAGGGAAGCGGUCAGGGACAAGGCCAAGGACAGGGACAAGGACAGGGACAAGGACAGGGCCAAGGCCAAGGCCAAGGCCAAGGCCAAGGCCAAGGCCAAGGCCAGGGUCAGGGACAG